AGCUGCAGUAUAGAAUAGAAUUUCAUUAGGGAAUGACUGAAUCAUCGAGCAAGUGCUUAAAAUGGGUGCAAAUUACUUGAAGCUUUCAAAUUGUCUGUUGAAUAAAAGGAAUCGCUCUCAAUUAUUCGGGACAGUGAUAAUCAAUAUAAUAUGUAUAUCACAUGGCAUUGGGAUUGGUUGGCUAUCGCCCACAUUACGUAAAUUACAAUCUACGGAUACGCCGCUUAAUAUCCCAAUCAGCAUCAACGAAAUAUCUUGGGUCGACUCAGCGUUGUGCUUGGGUUCCGUGACCGGCAACGUGUUCGCAGGACUUCUACUGAAUCGCAUUGGAAGCAAGAUGUGCCUACUCUUAAUGGCUGUACCACACACGUGCCUCUGGUUAUUGGUUUACUUUGCCAAAAGUGUUGAUUAUCUGAUUAUUGGUCGAUAUUUGGCUGGUAUUACCGGUGGCGGCAUAUAUCUUAUACACCCCUUGUUUAUAAGUGAAAUUUCUGAUGCACACAUUCGCGGAACUUUAGCAUCGAUGGUGAUGCUGUCAAUAAAUAUUGGCAUACUGAUAGGCUACAUUUUGGGCACACGUCUGGCCUAUCACCUUGUGCCAUUAAUAGUGGUUGUCUGUCCAAUUUGCUAUUUUAUCUUAGUUUUACUAUUUAUACGUGACUCACCCACGCAUCUCAUACGCAAGGGAAAAAUUAUGGCAGCUGAGCAAUCUUUUAGAUACUAUAAGAAUAUUAAAGGAGAACGUGAUUAUCUAAUCAAACUCGCUAUGGUUGAAUUCAACUAUAUUAAAGCGUCGCUUACCAAUGAAGAUAAUGUGCCCCAUGAGGUUGUCCUUAAGGACUUUUUUACACGAGAAGCGAUUAAGGGCUAUGGUAUGGCGGCUGUGAUCAUCAUUGCCAAUCAGUUUAGCGCUCUCUUUGUGAUGAUCAACUAUAUGUCGGACAUAUUUGCAAAUUCGGGCAGCACCAUGGAUCCUAAUACCAGCACAAUUAUCAUUGGAUCAGUGCAAAUUCUUGGCGCUUUUGUGGGCACCGUUCUGUAUGAUAUCUUUGGCCGCAAAGCUCUCAUGGUGGUAUCAACAGGAGGCGUGGCCUUAAGUCUGGCUGCCUUUGGCUUCUUUACACACUUUACGGGCAUUUAUGAUUUCACAGCGUGGAGCUGGGUGCCAGUCGCAAUUAUGGCAAUUGAUAUCUUUCUAGGGAACAUUGGUUUGAUUAGCUGUCUGUUUGUGCUGAUGGUCGAAAUGUUUCCCCUUAAGAUACGCAACACGGCUACAUCAAUUGCCAUUGUUAUAUGCAGCUCGUUGGUAUUUCUAAUUCUCAAUAUCUUUCCCCUUUGCAUGGCUGGUUGGGGUUUGCCUGCCACGUUGUGGUCUUGUGCGGCCAUCACAGCCAUUUGUUUCCUUUGCUUUUUAUUCUUUUUGAGAGAAACCAAGGGAAAAUCAAUGCUAGAGAAUUGAGACAGAAUAUAAGUCCCGCUCUUAAGAUUACUUUAGCAAUGAUAUAACCCUCUUUUAAGCUAGAUUGUUCAAUUUAACAUUGCAAUUUCGCUGUAUAUCAUGAUAAUAAAAGACGUUUUUGUUUCGGCAUA